UUACCGUCCAUCUCUACUUGAGACGUUCACAGAACAUGCGCAUGUUCGUGUCAAGUGUAGUGCGAGGGGAAUAAUAUUUUGGCUUUCGGGGGCCUAAAAUUAGCUGGAAAAUGCAGAAAUUAAAAUUUUCACAAAGGGACAAAGUGAAAAAAUUUAUAACAUUUACACAAACCGGAGAGCAAACAGCAAUAUACUGUUUAGCACAAAAUGAUUGGAAACUGGAUCUCGCAAGUGACAAUUACUUCCAGAACCCAGAGGCUUACUGCAAAGAACCUAAAAAUUCUGUAGAUAAAAAGAAAUUGGAAAUAUUAUACAGUAGAUACCAAGAUCCAAGUGAGCCCAAUAAAAUUACCGCGGAUGGUAUCAUGAAAUUUUUGGAUGAUUUGGGUCUAAGUCCUGAAAGUAAGUUAGUUUUAAUCAUUGCAUGGAAAUUUCGUGCUGAAACACAGUGCGAAUUUACAAAGGAUGAAUUCAUGAAUGGAAUGAUGGACUUGGGUGUGGAUAAUAUAGAUAAGCUAAAAGCACGUUUAGGUAGUUUAGAAAAUGAAUUGAGGGACUCUCAGAAAUUCAAAGACUUUUAUCAUUUUACAUUUAAUUAUGCGAAGAAUACUGGACAGAAAGGUUUAGAUCUGGACAUGGCAAUCGCUUAUUGGAAUAUUGUAUUAGAUGAUAAAUUCAGAUUUCUUCAACUAUGGUGUCAAUUUUUACAGGUAAGAGAGGAGCAUCACAAAAGAUCAAUUCCAAAAGACACAUGGAAUUUAUUGUUGGAUUUUGCACUCAUGAUUAAUCCAGACAUGAGUAACUAUGAUGAGGAGGGCGCCUGGCCAGUUUUGAUCGAUGAUUUCGUAGAGUGGGCGCAACCUCGAGUUCGUCAAACUCUCUAACGUUAUUUUUUUUUUAUAACAAAUGUUGAACACUCACGGUAACUUUAUUUAUUCGAUUACGAGACAUAUACUCUUUAAACUUGUUUCAUUGAAUAUUUUUUCCAGUAACAUAAAGUCAUCCUACUUUCUGUAUAGUACAUGAUUUUACAUGGGAUUAUUGUGUUCAACGUCUCUGGUUAAAAUCAUUGUGUCACAGUAUAAUGAAGCAUAGUGUAUAAUGUAUAGCUUCCUUAUAAUAUGCAUUGUCAAACAAUGUACAAUAUAUCGCUUCGGUAGAUGAUGAUUUCGUUUGCUGACAUACGCAAAGAAAGAGAAGAGAAAAAGGGAGAAAGAGAGAUUAAGAUAUCUUUCGAGUGUUUGCUUAAAGAGUAAUAAUGCUAUUUACUUGUACCAAGUUCUAUUUGUGUGAAAACUACUAACCACGUAGGAUAUGCAAAAUCAUGAUCUGUACAAUAACUUCAUUGCGAUCUUUGAUUUAUCUUCGAAGAUGAAAACAAGUAUUGCCUUGUGAUUGAUCAUGUUGUACAAAGUAAUACGAUGUAUAAGAUGUUUCUUUACAAAUGAGAAUAUGGCAAAAAGUUGCUCAACUAACGUUGGUACGCGUAAGCGGCUUUAAGAAUCAAGGAAAAAGAAUCUUCUUUUAAGGUAAUGCAGCAUUGCAAAAGGGCAAAAUUACAAAAGGAGGAGGGGGGAAACAUAGCUUAUAUGUUUGUGUAGAUAGUAAUUUCUAGAAAUUACGUUGUUGAGAAUUGUUAUUAAAUAAAUUCUACAAUAUUCCACUUUACAUACAUAUAUACACACAUACAUACACACACACAUACACUUGCGAGCACAUACAUAAAUAUACUUACAUACUUGUAAUAUACACAUGGGAAUAGGAAGAGAAAGAAAUCUGUAUUUUAGACAUUGUACUAUCUCUCGGCAUCGUUAUACUUACCUUUUAUAUUCAAUCAAUUCAACAGUGUGGCAGAACAAAAAAAUUAAUUUCUUAUUA